ACCACACUGUACCCUUCAUAUAUACUCAGAUUCCCCUCUCUCUUUCUCCCCCGUUCCAUCCAUUCCAACCUACUUCUACACCUCAAACCGCAUCAAGAUCCCUUCAUCUCCAUGGCCGACGAGUGGUGGAGUGGUUCACAGAGGAGCCACGGGACGUCGGCGUGCUCGGCCGCGCCACUCAUGGACACGGGUCACGCAGCCACAUGCGGCUGGACGUCCCCGGCCGCGGAGUCGACGAGCUCAAUAACCUUCCAGGACCCCCACAGGAGCAGCAGUACUAUCACUCAUCCGCCUUCAUCCGAUGCCGCUUCCUCGCUUGGUGAUGUACACAUGGACUGGACGCACGCCUUCUUGAGCGGGAGAAGCGACGCUAGCUUCCAAGCCGUGCUUCAAGACGACAUGCUUGCGUCAAUGACGACGAGGCCAUUAUUUCGACCUCAUCAGCCGGCCGUCGACGAGGCCGUGAUGAGCAAUCCGUUCAGGGACAUGAGCCACAGCUUCAGCUUGCUCGACCAGGUGCCUGCAGCCUCGUCUCCGUACGGCACGGCGCCACUGCAAGGCAUGUUCGACACCACCGGGGCGUCGCACAACGUUUCGGUGUUGGGGGAAUGCCAGUCAUCCACCAGCUACGACGGCACGGCGGGGAUGCAGUUAAAUCAAGCGGCUACGCAGAUGCUAGGCGGUGGCGCCCAACUGCAGUACUUGUCCGGGUCCGGCAGCUACAUGCCUUUCGGCGGCGCCCCUCUCUCGUCGCAGCUUCUCUUGCAAGCCCUACAACCCAAGACCAGCUACAGCUCUAGCUCCAAUUCCCUCAUGGCGAAGUUUCUCCUGCAGUCUGCCGAGCACGCGUGCUCACCACCGGCGAGGAGAAGCGAGCCUGACUCACCUGCCGCGGCGAAAAGGCCACGGAUCGAGGCGCCAUCGCCGUUGCCCACGUUUAAGGUGAGGAAAGAGAAGCUAGGGGACAGAAUCACUGCGCUCCAGCAACUAGUCUCGCCUUUUGGAAAGACCGAUACCGCAUCGGUUCUUCACGAGGCCAACGAAUACAUCAAGUUCCUCCAUGACCAAGUUGCGUCUCUGACCUACCCGUACUUGAAGAAUGUGAACCCGUUGCAGCAGUUCCAGCAGAAGCGUUCCGAGAAUGCGAAGGACGACGGUGGCGAGCCGAAGAAGGACCUCCGAAGCCGCGGCCUGUGCCUUGUGCCGGUAGCAACGACGUACACGGUUGCGAGCGAGACGGUGCCGGAAUUCUGGUACCCAACAUUUGGAGGCACGUUUAGGUAGACAUAUAAGGUAGUUUUAAUUAGCUUUCAGCAUGUACACGUGCUAAGCAAUCUGUACAUGUCCAGAUUACAAACCAACACAGUGUUGAGGCUAAAGCAAAGCAAAGCAAAGCCACAUGUUGCUAGUACUAAGAUAAUAUGUAUGUAAACAGUGAUCAUCAAACAUAAUAUUAGUAGCUAGCCUGUGAAGAAAAAGCAAAGAGAUAAUCAUACAAGCAAUAUGAA